UACACAGAGCAAAUACAGUGGUUGAUAGAGAAUAAACAAAGCCAAAGUUCAUCUGCUUCGAUCGGUCAUAUGUGGGACGUCUCCCUCUGUCCAGCCUGUGUGUCACUGUCUGUUGUCCAUGAGAGUCACUGUGAGCUGGACCCAGAAGAAGUUCAUCAUGAUGCGUGCAGCCUUGUGUAUCUGGAUCUUAUCAGCAGUGGUCUGCGUUGGAAGAAGCCAUCACCAUGCAGAGCAUCACGAUGUCAAAGGUCCAACAGACCAAGACACUGCUCCCAACAGCGUCUCACUGGUGUCCUCAGCCAACAAAGGAUUCACCUACCGUCUGUACAGGAAGCUGGCUGCUCACUCUGACUCGGAAGGCAAGAACAUCUUCUUCUCCCCAAAGAGCGUGUCUCUGGCACUGGCAGCCUUGUCUGUAGGAGCGCGGGGGGAGACCCAUCAGCAGCUUUUCAAUGGUCUGGGUUUCAACAGCUCUGAGCUGACACAGGCAAAUGUGGAUGAGGCUUUCCAAGUGCUCCUGGAGCAGGCAAACAAAAUGUCUCAUCAAGACACCAGCGAAGGCACCGCUGUGUUCGUCGAUCGCAGCUUUACUCCAAAUCUGGAUUUCCUGGACGUCUUGAAGAAGUCCUACUUGGCCGAUGGGUUCAAUAUUGACUUCACCAACACUGUAGAAAGUGCCAAUACCAUCAACAGCUAUGUGGCCGAGAAGACCAAGGGGAAGAUCGACAAGCUGGUGGACAGCCUGGAUGCAGACACAAUCAUGUAUCUCAUCAGUUACAUCUACUUUAAAGGAAAGUGGGAUCAACCAUUUGAUCCAAAGAUGACCAGGAAGGAUGAGUUCAUAGUGGAUGAAAACACCAAGGUUCCAGUUGAGAUGAUGAAUAUGGAGGAGGACGUAGACAUCUAUUACGACCAAGCUAUAAACACGUCAGUCCUCCACCUUCCCUUCAACAGCUCCUCCUCCAUGCUGCUGCUGUUGCCUGACGAUAUGGCAACACUGGAGAACGCCAUCUGCCCGGGACAUGUCAGCAAAUGGCUGAAGUGGAUGAGGCGCAGGGAAUAUGACAUAUAUCUUCCAAAGUUCUCCAUCAAGACUUCCUACAAUCUGAAAGACGUGUUGAUUGAAAUGGGAAUGACGGACAUGUUCGAAACUCGUGCAGACCUGAGUGGCAUCGCAGAGGGGAAGAACCUGGUAGUGUCAGAGGUGGUGCAUAAAGCUACCCUGGAUGUGGACGAGUCCGGAGCCACCGCUACAGCCGCUACAGGCAUCGGCAUAAUGCUCUUGUCUGCGCGCUUAAUACCUGUCCUGAAGUUCAAUCGCCCGUUCAUGCUCGUCAUCAUUGACCGUGCCACAGAAAGCCCUCUCUUUGUUGGCAAGAUUAUCAACCCAACCAUUUGAUGAAGAUGAAAAAUGUUGUGUUCACUCAAGCACUGCUGUUGCAUCAUGUGUAAAACACAAAUACAUAAAAUCUUUAAUCUGU